AUGUCGUCAAUUCUAGAUCAACGUCCUGAUAUUAUAUAUGGGAACUCGAUACGCAAAGACAAUGGAUAUGAUGCGAGCAGCUACACAUAUUACCCUGUAGCUAUCAUUGGAGCUGGAGAGUCGGGGAUUGCUAUGGGCUGUAGACUAAAGGAAGUUCUCGGGCAUGAUCAAUUCCGGAUCUUCGAUCGACAGUCAGGUAUUGGAGGAACAUGGUGGAUCAACAGAUACCCAGGAGUCGCUUGUGAUGUACCAGCAAUAUUUUACUCGUUCUCUUUUUGUCCCAAUCCAAAAUGGACUGCCUUCUACCCAGAAGGCCGAGAAAUCGUCACUUACCUACAAGGCGUCUGCGACAAGUAUCAGAUCGUGGACAAGAUCCAACUCAAUACCGAUGUCAGAGAGUGCGUAUGGCUGGAAAACGAACAGAUUUGGGAGGUGACAUUGCAACAUUUAUUGACGGGAGUCGGCGAUCUUUCAGAACACGAUCGGGCGAAGAAGAUUCGUGAAGAAGGUAGACAAUCAGUCUACGUUUCGGAAGAGAAGAUUCGGUGCAAAGUGCUGGUGAGCAGCGUGGGAGGCCUUGUGGAACCAAAAGUCUGGCCAGAAAGCAUUCCUGGAAACGACAAGUUUCAGGGCGAGAUUUUCCAUUCCGCUAGAUGGAGAUAUGAUGUGGACUUCAAGGAUAAAGAUGUCAUUGUUAUUGGCACGGGGUGUAGUGCUGCCCAAUUUGUCCCUCGCUUGACAAAGGAGUAUGGCGCCAAAUCAGUGACCCAACUCAUGCGUUCCCCUCCCUGGGUAGUUCCACGACAGAUUCCUCCUGGAGGGAACGAAUGGUGGGAGAAGUGGUCUCCAUGGAUCAACACCCACGUUCGAGGAUUUGGAAAAGCAGUUCGGUUCCUGAUUGCAGCUGGAGCUGAAUACGACUGGAGGCUCUUCGGAUCCGAAAAAUACCACGAAAAGGAACGUAAGAAAGUGGAGACUCAGCUUCUUGCUCACCUGCAUAACUCGGUGCCCAAGAAAUACCAUGAGAUCCUUACUCCAAAUUAUGGAGUUGGAUGUAAACGUCGCAUAUUCGAUACGACUUGGUUUGCUGGGUUGAACGAUCCUUUCAUUGAGUUGACAACGCUCCCACUCACAAGUCUUGGCGAAAAGACUGUAACAUUGGGCCCUGGCCGCACGUAUCCAGCCAUGAGCGAUACGACAAGCAAUGCGCCUUCUCAUGAAGUAACACUACCCGCCGAUAUCAUCGUCCUCGCCAAUGGAUUCGAGACGACAAAGUGGCUUCAUCCACUGGAUAUCACAGGUCGAGGUGGAAAGAAGCUGCACGACGUGUUCGAUGAACGUGGUGGAGCUCAGAUGUAUAUGGGAACGGCCAUGGAUGGAUUCCCCAACUUCUUCACAAUAUUCGGACCAAACACGGCGACUGGCCACUCAUCUGUCAUCUUAGCUUCUGAGAAUAUGGUGAACAUGAGUUUGAAAUUCAUCGGGCCCAUCUUGAAAGGAGAUGUUGCAACUGCAGAAAUCAAGAAAGAUGCAGAGCUUGAGUAG